AUGGGGAAAUACAAGAAAUGCAGCGUCGUCGUUCUUGGAACCCCGGGUGUUGGCAAGACCAGCUUGAUAACCCGUAUGUUGUUCGGUGUGUUUGGCGGUAAGGACCCUGGCCUGUACCCAGUCAAUGAAACGUACACACGGAAAUAUCACAACCAGUCAUCGGAAGAAAUCGAGAUGGAAUUUCUUAUAAUUAACAAAAUUCCUCGCUAUAGUGAAUAUAAGGUAUGCACGCCCGACGUAUUUCUAUUUGUUUACGACCCCGAUGAUUGGUUUUCCGUCAUGGAUCUGCUGGAGAUGAUGACUCUGGCGAAAUCUUGCCAUCCUAUGCUUUCCAAAGUUCCAGUAAUCAUCGUUGCAAACAAAAUUGAUGUGAGAGAUAAUAGAGAUUUGCAUGGAAACAACGUGAAUGAAACGGAACAAGCAAAUGAACUAAAAUCGUUUUGCAAAUCUGUGCAUAUGCAGACAUCGGCCAAGACUGGCUACAACGUAUCAAAUUUGCUACGCGCGCUGAUCAAUGCAUACGUAAAAUCAGCUCCGGUGAAGACAGUUGAAGAUGGAGCUCCCGUAUUAUUUCGGUGCUCCGGACAUUGUACACAGACAUAA